CCCCUCGAUGGUGGCGGCGCGGGGAGGGAACUGCGCAUGCGCAGAGGGGGGGGGGGAGGCGCCAACGGCACCGCGCGUGCGCAGAGCGAGGCCCCGCCUCCCCUCCCUCACAACCGCCAGCAGCAGAUUCGCCACGAUCCCCGCCGGGUUCGAACAAAACAAAACUCAAAUAAAACCACGAGAGGGGCGAGGAAAACACAAAAAAAGAUUAAAAAUUAAAAAAUGUUCAAAACCGGGGAAAAACGGGGAAAAAAAGGUGGAAAAACCGCGUGGCGAAAGUGCGGGAGGAGGGAGGUGGCGGCAGAUUCGUCACGGCUCGCGGGCCGCUUUUCCCUCCUGAAGCUUGAGAGUGAAAUCUGCGCUCGGAUUUAAUUUCUCCGCGUUUUUUUUGGGGAGAUUUGGGGCCUUUUCGGGAGUUUUUUGGUGGAGAAAGAAGGAAAAUAAAAAAGGGGAUUGGUGUGGAAAGUGCGGUGAGGCGGUUGAGAUCUCGCGAGAGCGGCGAGGGCGAGACUUCCGGCCUUGGCUCCGCCCCCUUCCCCCCCCCAGCCGCGACCGGCGGCGGCUCCGGGACCGCGGGAAAAAAAAACGCCAAAAACGCCAAAAACUUCGAAUUUUAACCCAAAAAUCAUCGCCGGAUCCUUCUCGGGCUGCCGGGAAACUCCCCCGGGGCUCCCGGAGGCGGCGGAGGAGGCGGCGGGAGGGUCAAUGACUGGGGGGGAUGGAGCCCGAGGCGGGGGGUGACGCCCCCAGGACCCCCAGCGUCCCCUGGCGCAGCUACAAACUGGUGCUGGACCCCGCCCUGCGCCGGGGAGGCCAGAAACUCUACAGAUACGAUGGAGUGCACUUCAGCGUGCCUGAUUCGGGGUUCCCCCCGGCCGGGCCGGUGCAGGAUCCACGACCCCGAAGGAUUUGGGCCAAACACCGAGACCUGUCCCUGCCUGUCCCCAAAUUCAAGCUGGACGAGUUCUACGUGGGCCAGGUGCCCCUGAAGGAAGUGACCUUCGCCCGCCUCAACGACAACAUCCGCGAGGGUUUCCUGCGGGAGAUGUGCCGGAAAUUCGGGGAGGUGGAGGAGGUCGAGGUGUUGCUACACCCCAAAACCCGCAAACACCUGGGGCUGGCCCGCGUCACCUUCGGCAGCUCCCGCGGCGCCCGCGACACCGUCAGGCACCUGCACAACGCCACGGUGAUGGGAACAGCCAUCCACGCACAGCUCGACGUCAGGGGGCAGCAGAGGAUGAAGCUGUACGAGCUGAUCGUCAGCGGCUCCUACACCCCCCAGACCGUUCCCACGGGGGGCGGAAAAACCUCGGGGGAGCGGGGGGGCACG